GGAAGCAGUGUUUCACUCACCCACGGUAGCUUGACAAUUGUAGCAGGGAGCCAGCCAGCCGAGAGGGAUCCUCUUGUGGUGUUUUGGUCCACUGGAGCUCACUAACAAAAAUGACAGCGAGGAAGUCUGGCUCACGACUGGAGACUGAGAUAGAGCGGUGCCGUUCAGAGAGUCAAUGGGACAAGAUACCGGAGUUAGUACGACAGCUUUCAGCCAAACUAAUAUCAAACGAUGACCUAGGAGAGUUGUUGCUGGGGGAAUGCAAGCUUCAGACGUAUCUGAAGGAGAACCCCAUUAAACAGGGAGCCAGUCCCAGGGGCCAACGACCUAAACUGGUGGAGGUUAGGAAACACCUCACUGCUGCUCUGGACAGAGGAAACCUCAAGGCCGAUUACCUCCAGGAAGCCAGCCUGUUGAUGGCCAAACUGUGCUAUGUGGAGGGAGAAUACACAGACGCUUUAGGUCACUACAGCAGGGUGAACUUGGAUGACAUGCAACUGGGGGGGGCUCCUGUGUAUAGGCUGUCCAUGAUAGCUGAGGCAUACGCUACUAAAGGGCUGUGCCUAGAGAAGGUCCCAGCUGCCUCUCCAUCUCUAUCCAAUAAGAACACUGGCUCACCAUCGUCCAAUAAGAGCACAACAGACCGGGAGCAGGAAAUCAUUACCUGCUAUGAAAAGUCUGGUGACAUUGCUCUGCUCUACCUGCAGGAGGCUGAAAAGGCGUUGUCAGCAGGAAUUCAGAACCGCAGCCCAAAGCCUGGCCCGGCUGCUCAGGACUUAGAACUGGGCUACUUCCUGGAGACAGGCCUACAGAGAGCUCACGUCAUCCACUUCAAGAACGGCAACCUGACACGAGGCGUGGGCCGGUUUCGGGAGAUUCUUCGGGCUGUUGAGAACAGAACCACCCAGAGCUUGCGCAUGACCAUAGCCAGACAGCUUGCAGAGAUCUUGCUCAGGGGAAUGUGUGAACAGAGUUACUGGUCUCCUCUGGAAGACCCCCCUACUGUGUCACCAUUGGAUGAUCCCACACGGCAAGGACACACUCUCACCAAGAACUACAGCCUAAGCCGACGCCCACGGGUGUACUCGGGAGAGAAUCUGUUUUGCCCUCAGGAGAACACAGAGGAAGCUUUGCUGCUGCUGCUCAUUAGUGAAUCCAUGGCAAACCGUGAUGCUGUCCUGAGCAGAAUUCCUGAACACAACAAUGAUCGUAUUAUUAGCCUGCAGUCUGCCUCUGUGGUGUAUGACCUGCUGACUAUAGCUCUGGGCAGGAGAGGGCAGUAUGAGAUGCUAUCAGAGUGUUUGGAAAGAGCCAUGAAGUUUGCCUUUGAGGAGUUCCACUUGUGGUACCAGCUCGCCCUGUCACUAAUGGCAGCUGGGAAAUCAGCUCGUGCCGUUAAGGUCCUAAAGGAGUGUAUUCGUCUGAAACCUGACGACCCCACCAUCCCACUGCUGGCUGUUAAGCUGUGUAUCGGACCUCUGCACUGGUUGGAUGAGGGGGAGUGCUUUGCUAAGAUGGUGAUUGACAUGGGGGAGAAAGCAGCUGAGUUCAGAGCCAAAGGCUUCUUGGCCAUCGGGCUGGUUUACAGCCUCAAAGCCACUGACGCAUCAUUGCGAAGCACACAGGAGGAGUACCAGAGGAAAGCUUUGGGAGCCUUCCAGAGAGCUCAGAGUCUGUCUCCUACUGAUCAUCUAGCAGCCUUCUACUUGGCACUUCAGCUUGCUGUGUCCAGACAGAUCCCUGAGGCACUAGGCUAUGUACGACAGGCGUUGCAGCUUCAAGGGGAUGAUGUCCACUCCCUUCAUCUGCUGGCCCUGCUGCUCUCUGCUCAGAAACACUACCACGACGCUCUGAAUAUUAUAGAGAUGGCGCUUUCCGAGUACCCUGAGAACUUCAAUCUGCUGUAUACCAAGGUGAAGUUGGAAUCGAUGUGUAGAGGACCGGAGGAUGCUCUGCUCACUUGUAAACACAUGCUGCAGAUCUGGAAGAGUUUUUACAACCUUACCAAUCCCAGUGAUUCUGGGCGUGGCAGCAGUCUGUUGGACAGAGCCAUAGCAGACAGACGACAGCUCAACGCCAUGACUCUGCCUGACUUCAGUGACCCAGAGACUGUCUCAGGUUCUUCCUCUUCUCACUCUGGUUUUGAACCCGUCUCCCCCGUCUCGCCCUCCUCCCCAUCCACCAUUUCCACCCUCUCCUCCCCACUGUACUCCCCUUCUUCCCCUGUCUUCAUCCUCCAGCCUCCUCCUCUCCCUCCACAAAAAAACCCAUCUUCCUUCCCUCUUCCUCCUCCACCUCUUCAUCCUCCUCUUCCUCCUCCUCCUGCGCCCACCAAGACCAGGACUCACUCCUUUUGCAACCACGCCACUCUCCGCCAGCUCUCCUCCAAUUGCGGCCUUCAGGAAGCUAAUACUCUUGGUUUUUCCUCCAUGUUUUCUGUUUGCUCAGUUCAUGCUACAUCUAUCGCUGCCAGUCGUGUAGAGCAGGCUCUGUCUGAGGUAGCCUCCUCUCUGCAGAGCAGUGCCCCCAAACAUGGACCCCUGCACCCCUGGAUGACCCUUGCUCAGAUCUGGCUGCAUGCAGCCGAGGUGUACACCGGCAUGUCGAAACCAGCAGAGGCCACGGCCUGCACGCAGGAAGCCUCAAACCUUUUCCCCACAUCCCACAAUGUGCUGUACAUGAGGGGGCAGAUAGCUGAACUGAGGGGCAACAUAGACGAGGCCAAACGCUGGUAUGAAGAGGCCCUGUCCAUCAACCCAACGCAUGUCAAGACCAUGCAGAGACUGGGUCUGAUUCUUCACCAGCUGCAACGCUACAGUCUGUCGGAAAAGGUUCUGAGGGAUGCUGUGCAGGUCAACAGUACGGCUCAUGAUGUGUGGAACAGCCUUGGUGAGGUGUUGCAGGCUCAGGGAAACGCUGCCGCUGCCACCGAGUGUUUCCUCACCGCCUUGGAGCUGGAGGCCAGCAGCCCCAUUCUGCCCUUCACCAUCAUACCCAGAGCACUAUGAAACACACACCUUCACAGUUGUAGCCUCAGUACUGUAACACAGUGGCACAAAUGAUGGACCUACGACACACACACACACACACACACACACACACACACACACACACACAACCACUCCACACACAGCAUGCCUGCAUGCCAUUCACACACCUGCACAAGGUUUUACUGCCGUACCCUUACUGUAAAUACAAGAAAUUAAAUAGUACACAUAAACGUACAUACAUGCUUCCCAACGUCCCCCCUUUUCCCACAAUGCCUUGUUGUGGCUGUGUGUGUGUGUGUGUGUGUGUGUGUGUGUGUGUGUGUGUGUGUGUGUGUGUGUGUGUGUGUGUGUGUGUGUGUGUGUUGUGUGUGUGUGUGUGUGUGUGUGUGUGGUGUGUGUGUGUGUUGUGGUGUGUGUUUGUGUGUGUUGUGGUGUUUGUGGGUUUUGUGUGUUUUGUUUGUGUUUGUGGUGUGUUUGUGUGUGUUUUGUUUGUUUUGUGUGUGUGUGUGUGUGUGUGUGUGUGUGUGUGUGUGUGUGCACUUUCUGUUGCCUGUGCAUAUUUGUGUCUGGCUGCAUGUGAUUUGUAGUAUGCUGUGUGUGUUUGUUGUUUUGUCCUGUUCAAAGAUGUAAAUAAGAAUACAUUUGAGUUCCUACUCUGACAUUGGCUAGAAGCCUAAGAGCAUUUUUUGUUUACACGUUAUUUAGUCCAUUCAUGUUUUUCUUUUACGCCAAAUAUUGCUGAUGAUCUCAACACACACACACACACACACACACACAUUCACUUGCUGUUCACAUGGAGAAGAUCACAGUUACUGUAUGGCUGACCCAGGACUGCCUGAGCUUUGAGAAUCUACUGGAGCAUCGACAGGCAUGAUCAACAGAUCACCGAAGAAUCAAUCAAUCAUCAGUAAAGUCUAAUUGCCAAAACAGAGGCUGCAUCUACACACACAGGAGAUCUGAUUUGAAACUGCUGACACUUCUUUUUUCACAUGUAUGGAUUAAAGCACGUUUAAUCUCAUGUCGACAGCCUUUACAUGCUCCUUUGGUUAGCCAUAUUACCAUGACACGCUAUUAUUUAGCAAUUUCUUCCAAUAUGUGCCCUAAUAUUCAAUUUCCCCAAGGGAAGCAAAAUAAAUACUUUGACAUUUUGGGAGAGUGGUAUCAAUCUUCUCAUCUAUAACUCUCAGCAAGUAAGCAAACGAGCACAUUACCCAAAGUGUAAGAAUAUUCCUAUAAAUUCUAUUUCCAUAUUAAUAAUUAUAUUAAUAAAAAAUCUGUUUGGAAAAGCUGAUUUCUUUUUUAACAUGAGCAGCUGUACACACAAUAGCUGAACACAUAAGAGUGCCAACUACAAAAACUUGAACAGAAAGAAGAUAAUAUCACAGAUAACCAGUUAUAUUUAAUGUAUGCUUCUAUGUAACAUUGGUAUUUGAACACAUUCUAAGUAUGAAUGGGAGGAAUCUGUUAUAUAUUUUUUUCUUCAAAAAUCAGAUUUUCUUCUCGUGUGUAAAUGCAGCCAGUGAUUGUGUUGUCUCAGUGUCCUGUCAGUCAUUGUACAUUGAACAAGAUGAAUAUACUUUUUCAUUUCAUUAUAAAUACAAAAGCUUAUUGCUGUAUAUUUGAUUGUUCCAAGUGUAUUAUUACUGUUGUUGUUUUAGAAAGUAAAUUAUAAAUCUAUUUUCUGGAGAGGGGUGGAACUGAGGUGCAGGUGGAGGAAUAAAAGGAUGAAUUGAUUUAGUUUGCUGAUGUGAGCUCAGCCAGAGAAUCCUUUGUGCUGUAAAUGAACGACUGAAAAUUGGAAUGAUUACAAUGACAAAGAUAAUAAAAGUGGUUGAAAACGUGGAA